GUCCUUGACCUAAAGGUUUAAUCUUGACGGACUACUUUUUACGGGGAAUUACAAAUGGAAAUCGAAACUAGACAGAUAUUAACCGGUUAGAAGUUUUGUGAGUAAAGUAACAAUGGAAAAAGAUGAGAAUAAAAAGAAAAAAGGUUCAGAAACAAAGGCAAAGAAGAAGGCAGCUCAAAAUAAGGAUGAACUUACACUGACUAAAGGAAAGACUAUAAAUAUUAUAGAUAAAGAUUUAGAAGAAAGUGGAUGUGGGAAUGAGGAAUUAAAUGGUCAAAUAGGUGACUCUCAAGAUAACAAUGAAGAAAUCAUCAAAGAAGAGUCUAAUUCAAAGAAGUCAUCACCACCUGCACAAGCCUUUGUAACCAAACUAACAGACCAAACCCCAGCAGAUACAGAACAAUCCAAACAAGGUCCUGUGAAAGAGCUGCCAUCAAAUUGGAAAGAGUCCUGGGUUUGGAGAUAUGGCUUAAUGAUAGCAUGUAUUUUGUUGGCAUUAGGAGUGCAAUAUUUAUUCUUUGGGAAUUUUGAUAAAAAAGACAUUAAGAGUGUUGAAAUACGAGAUAUGGAAAGAAGACAAGCAGAUUUUGAGAUGUCUGUAUCAACAUUAAAAAAGCAACAAAUAAAUGAUAAAGGCAUUUUCAAUGAUAUGGUGGAGAAAUUCAAGAAUGAAAUGAAAAAUAAAGAUGAAACAAAACUGAAAGAGUUAACCAAUAAAGUAGAUUCUACGGUAAGUGAUGUUAGUUCUGCAAAUGAAAAAUUAAAUGUUCUCGAAGAAGCAAAAGAGACUUUAGAAGAUAAAUAUAAGGAAAUAGAGAAAACCUUUCAAAGUAAAAUUAAGAAUAUGGAAUCCACUUUUAAGGAUAAUAUAUCUGACAUAAGCAAGUUUGUUGAAGGUUUUAAACAAACAUUUUCAAACUAUGAAACAUCCUUGGAAACAUUUGAAGGUAAAAUUAAUCGUAAAAUGCAAGAGAUGACUAAAGCAUUUGAAGAAAAAAGUGCAAAAAUAAAAGAGCAAGUAGAGGAUUUCUCUAAAGAUUUUGACAAGAAACUUAAGAAGUUUAAAGAAGCAAAGAGUGAUUUGGAUGAAAUUUUAUUUGCUGUCAGGAAGGAUGUUGAUACUAUCAAGCCAAAUACUUUCAACAAAGAGAGUUUAACCAUGGCAUUUAUUAUUGUGGUCCUGUUUGAGUUUAUUCUGGCAUUAUGGAUAUAUCUUGUACAAUGUGGACGCUCAACUUAUUCAGAUUCUUCUGAUGGAUCCAAAGACAUGACUGCUAAAGAUGUUUUAGAAAGAAUUCCUCGUCGAGUAGCUUUAUCUGAUUUUGUCUGCAUUGUAAGUUUUGAUGAAGCACGACAGACAGAACAUGACACCCUGGUCAAGUCUGCGUUAGGUACAAUGCAGGACAUCCAAAUGAAAUACUUUGUUGUGCGUAAACAUGAACACUUGCAAAAAUUGCCUACAUGUAAAUUCUACAUUAUGUGUACAGAAUUCUCAGAAAGACAUGUUAUUAUAGAAGAACCAGGAUUGGGCCUAGGUGAUUUGAAGAGGUGUACUUAUGAAGUUAUUCAGAGAUACAGAGCUAAUAUGGUUAUCUUGUAUACACGUGAUCCUGGAUCCAGGAGUCUUGGAGACGAGCUGUAUAAUCCUAACAUCUAUUGUGUUGCUAAGCAACCAGAAUUGAUCGGUCUUCGUGAUAAAGGACGAUUUAUAAGCACAUAUGACAAGCUUACAGAAGUACAGAAGAGGGUUUUACAUGACGACAUUGCUAAAUGCAUGAAGUGAUUUGAUUAGUGUUGGAGUGUUAAUUAUUUGUGAAGACUUGGUUAUGUGACUUCAUGAUAAUAUUACCAGGCAAAUGUAUGUUUAUUUAAUGUGACAUAAUAAUAUUAGUAAUUUACUUAUAGUCAUCUUCUAACAUCUUCUAAGUCCAAAAUAAUUUUUGCCUCUAACUUAAAAAACUUGCGUAUUAAUGCAUGGAAAAAUUUCUGUUAAUUAGACUUUUUCUCCAAGAAAUACAUUUUGAAGUGCUUAAAUUUGUUUCUAGCUUAAUAUUUUAUACAUAGUUAAUGAUUGUACACGUUUUUAUUUUUAAUCAAUCUUUUUCCUUCAAUGCUUGACUGUAUACUAUUUUAGGUAAUGUAUUUUAUUAAGACGUUAAGGUCAUUUCUUAUACAUAAUUAUAUUGCUAUAAAAUCAGUUUUUUCCAUUAAUUUAUAUAAAUAUUUUAGCAAGGACAUUCUAUAAUAGACAUGUUUUUUACUAGUUGAGAUUUAUUAAGGGUAAAUCACCUGUAUAUUUACAAUAGGUGUCAAAUUAUUUUCUUGCAAAGAGAAUCAUUGCCUCUAUCCAUAGAUUGGGUGGCUAAUUGAUUUUGUAUGUCUGUCUGUUUUCCUAUAUGUUUGUCUAUCACAAAACUGUAACCUAGACAAUAACACAAAGGUCCUGCUUCACAGAUACAUAUACCUUGAUUAACUCUCCCCAAAAUACCUACUAAGAGGUCCCGGGAUCAGGGGCCAAAGAUCAAUGUCACCAUGACACUACUUUAAUCUUAUUCAUGAAAAAUGUGCUUCAAUCCAAAGUGUUGUAACUUUAUUUGCAUAUUAACAUGCAUCUUCAUCAUCUCUAAUUACCAGACCAAUUUAGGGGUCACAAGAAAUAGGUCAAGGUCUGAACGACCUCAAAAUAUCAAAUAGGACAAUAAAACAGAAGUCCUUUAAUCAAAGCCUUCCAAUUUCACAGAUGACUGCAGAUUGAUAUUCUCUAUCCAUAAGACCCACUUUAAGAGGUCACAGGGUCAAAAGUCAACAUGAAUACUUAACUUUGGCCAUAAAACAGAAUCCCUUCAUAUGAAUUUAUGAUAAAUUAUUGAUAUUCAUAACUUUAUAAGAUCAGACUAGAAGAACAGAAAGCUGUUCUAAGAUAAUAUGUCAUCUUGAAGAAAAAUAAUUUAACUUGAGAAUUAUCAGCUUUGUUUUAAUAGAGGUGUAAAAUCUUCUAUGAAUGUGCCAAAUAAAAUAUUACAGCGAGAAUAUAUCAACAUAUAAUGGGAAAUGUGUAAGGUUGGGAGACAAUAUAUCCCCUGCUGUAAGCGGUAUAAUUGUUCCACAACUGAUAUAUUUCUAUUUUUGUACCUUCUUAUCCUUUCUUAUUGAUGUAUGUUUGGUUGCUUUGUAUAUAAUUUGCUUGUUAUGAAGUUUUAUUAUGUAUUAAGUCCCUCCGAUACUUCUGGAAUAUUUGAAAUAAAAGAGAUUUUGUGUUA